AUGUCGGCAGGUGAUAUUGAUACAGUAAUGCCUCACGAUUUAGUGAAUUCUAAAAUUUUGGUUUCAGUAGUAAAGGAAUUUUUUAGCACUUCGCAAUUAUCCCAAUUUAUGGAUCAAACAAAUCCAUUGUCUGAAAUAACUCAUAAAAGAAGAUUAUCAGCAUUAGGUCCUGGUGGUAUUAGUCGUGAUAGAGCAGGUUUUGAAGUGCGUGACGUGCACCCAACUCACUAUGGUCGUAUUUGUCCUAUUGAAACACCUGAAGGUCAAAAUAUCGGACUAAUUAACUCUAUGGCAACUUAUGCUAGAAUAAAUAAGCAUGGUUUCAUAGAAAGUCCAUAUAGAAAAGUCAAAGACGGACAUGUAACUGAUGAGGUAGUAUAUCUUUCGGCUAUUGAAGAAGGAAAAUAUAAGAUCGGUCAAGCAAAUUCUAAGGUUGAUAAAGAUGGAGUAUUGCAGGGCGAAUUUAUUAAUUGCCGAGUUGAAGAUGGCAAUUUUGUAAUGGUAGAGCCACAUGAAGUAGACUUCAUUGAUGUAACGCCUAUGCAGGUUGUAUCUGUUGCAGCUUCUCUUAUACCGUUCUUAGAAAAUGAUGAUGCUAACCGUACAGGAGUUGAGGGAGUGGUAGCAAAAGAUUCUGGAGCAUCUGUACUUGCAUUAAAUGAUGGUAUAGUUGAACAAGUAGAUUCAAAUAGAAUUGUAAUUAGAGCUAUUGGUCAAAAAACCGAAAGUGCCCCUUCAGUUGAUAUUUAUAACAUAUUAAAAUUCCAAAAGUCUAACCAUAAUACUUGUAUCAAUCAAAAGCCUUUAGUUAAGGUUGGUCAUUAUGUUAAGAAGAAUGAUAUUAUAGCUGAUGGACCUAGUACCGAUAAUGGUGAAAUUGCUUUAGGCAGAAAUGUUGUAGUCGCUUUCUUGCCUUGGAAUGGAUACAAUUUUGAAGAUUCAACUCUAAUAUCAGAACGAAUAGUAAAAGAAGAUGUCUUUACUUCUGUUCAUAUUGAAGAGUUUGAAGUAAUAGCAAGAGAUACUCGCCUUGGUCCGGAAGAAAUUACUCGUGAUAUACCGAACGUAAGCGAGGAAGCCCUGCGUCAUUUAGAUGAAGUCGGGAUAAUUUACGUAGGUGCAGAAGUAAAAGCAGGAGAUAUUUUAGCAGGGAAAGUAACGCCGAAAAGUGAGUCGCCUAUUACUCCUGAAGAAAAAUUACUGAGAGCUAUUUUUGGAGAAAAAGCUUUUGAUGUGAAAGAUUCAUCGCUGCAUGUUCCUUCCGGGGUUAGCGGAACGGUAGUAGAAGUAAGAGUAUUCUCUCGUCGAGGUGUUGAAAAAGAUCAGCGUGCUAUUGUUAUUGAAAAACAACAAAUUGAGAAAUUAGCAAAAGACCGUGAUGAUGAAUUAGAAAUUAUCGAGCAUUUUGUAUUUAGUUGGCUUGAGAAGCUUUUAGUAGGACAGGUAAGUAUUAAUGGUCCUAAGACAGUAAAGACUGGGCAAACUAUUACAAGCGAAACAUUAAAAGGUUUAUCUAAAGGACAACUUUGGCAAUUUACUGUUGAAGAUGCAAAUGUAAUGAACGAAAUAGAGCAGCUAAAAGGUCAUUAUGAUGGCAAAAAAGAAGAUCUUAAUAGAAGGUUCGCUACUAAGGUAGAAAAAUUACAAAGCGGAGAUGAUUUACCUCAAGGUGCUUUAAAAGUUGUAAAAGUAUUUAUUGCAACUAAGCAUAAAUUACAACCUGGUGAUAAGAUGGCAGGAAGACACGGAAAUAAAGGUGUUAUUUCACGUAUUGUGUCAGAAGAGGAUAUGCCAUUCUUAGAAGAUGGGACGGUAGUUGAUAUUGUCCUAAACCCUUUAGGUCUUCCUUCUCGUAUGAAUAUAGGGCAGGUGCUUGAAACUCAUCUUGGUUGGGCAUCAGUGAAUCUAGCAAAAAAAAUAGCAGGGUUAGUAGAAGAACAUAAAACUAAACAUGCAAGUAUUGAGAAAAUUAAGAAGUUUUUAAUCGAGCUAUAUGGUAAUUAUAUACUUGAAAAAUCUGACGAAGAAAUUAUUGCAUUCUGUAAUGAAGCUGCUAAGGGAGUAUAUUUUGCAACUCCAGUAUUUGAUGGUGCAAAGGUUGAAGACAUUAAGGAUAUGCUAAGGCUUGCAGGUCAAGAUCUUUCAGGGCAAGUAAAGCUAAUUGAUGGUAGAACUGGUCCUUAUAGUUUAGUGACUCAGCAACCUCUUGGAGGAAAAUCGCAUUUUGGUGGUCAGCGUUUUGGGGAAAUGGAAUGCUGGGCAUUACAAGCAUUUGGGGCUGCUUAUACUUUACAAGAAAUGUUAACUGUUAAAUCAGAUGACGUAAAUGGUAGAAUUAAGAUUUAUGACUCUAUAGUGCGUGGUGAAAAUAAUUUUGAAUCUGGUAUUCCUGAAUCAUUUAACGUGAUGAUAAAAGAAUUUAGAUCUUUAUGUCUUAAUAUAAGAAUUAAUAUAGCAAGUCCAGAACAAGUACGUUCAUGGUCUUUUGGUGAAGUAAUAAAACCUGAAACUAUUAAUUAUCGUACUUUUAAACCUGAAAAAGAUGGUUUAUUUUGUGCAAGAAUAUUUGGUCCAGUAAAAGAUUAUGAAUGUCUUUGCGGUAAGUAUAAGCGAAUGAAAAAUCGUGGUAUUACUUGUGAAAAGUGCAGUGUUGAGGUUACUGUUUCUAGAGUAAGACGUGAAAGAAUGGGGCAUAUUGAACUUGCUGCUCGCGUUGCUCAUAUUUGGUUUGUGAAAUCUCUUCCUUCAAGAAUUAGUACGCUUCUUGAUAUGACGAUGCGAGACAUAGAAAAAAUUCUUUAUUUUGAAAAUUAUGUUGUAGUUGAUCCUGGAUUAUCUAUUCUACAAAAAGGCGAGCUUUUAACUGAAGAAGAACUGCAAAAAGCAAAGGAUAAAUACGGGGAAGAUGCGUUUACUGCGUCUAUUGGUGCAGAAGUAGUACAACAAAUGCUAAAAGAGCUUGAUUUCCCAACAUUAAAGCAAGAGUUAUACGAAGAACUACAAAAUACGACUUCAGAAGUAAAAAAGAAAAAGUUAGUAAAGCGUUUAAAAUUAGUAGAAGACUUUUUAGAAUGUGAAAAUAAGCCAGAAUGGAUGAUUAUGAACGUAUUGCCGGUCAUGCCUCCUGAACUUAGACCGCUUGUUAUGUUAGAUGGCGGAAGAUUUGCUACUUCAGAUCUUAAUGAACUUUAUAGAAGAGUAAUUAUUAGAAAUAAUCGUUUAAAGAAGCUUAUAGAGUCAAAAGCACCUGAUAUAAUUGUUAGAAAUGAAAAAAGAAUGCUGCAAGAAGCAGUGGAUGCGUUAUUUGAUAACGGACGCUGUGGCAGAGCAGCAAAAAAUGCUAAUAAGCGUCCGUUUAAGUCGUUAAGUGAUAUGCUGAAAGGUAAGCAAGGUCGUUUCCGUCCAAACUUACUUGGUAAAAGGAUAGGCUACUCAGGACGUUCAGUUAUCGUAGUAGGACCUAAUCUUAAACUUUAUCAGUGCGGUUUACCUAAAAAAAUGGCUCUAGAAUUGUUCAAGCCGUUCAUUUAUUCAAAGCUUGAAUUAUAUGGUAUUGCUACAACUAUUAAAGCAGCUAAAAGAAUGGUUGAGGCUGAAAAGCCUGAAGUUUGGGAUGUGCUUGAGGAAGUCAUAAGAGAACACCCUGUAUUACUUAACAGAGCUCCGACAUUGCACCGUUUAGGUAUUCAGGCAUUUGAGCCGUUAUUAAUUGAAGGUAAAGCAAUACAGCUUCACCCGCUUGUUUGUGCUGCUUUUAAUGCGGACUUUGACGGGGACCAAAUGGCUGUACAUAUUCCUUUAUCGAUUGAAGCCCAGCUUGAAGCUAGGGUAUUUAUGAUGUCUACUAAUAAUAUCUUAAGCCCUGCUAAUGGACGUCCUAUUAUUGUACCAGAUAAAGAUAUAGUACUCGGCUUAUAUUAUUUAACGCUUGCUUUUGAUCAUGAAGUAGGUGAGGGUAUGAUGUUCUCAGACUUAACUGAAAUGGAGCAUGCUUUAUAUAACAAAUUUAUAACGAUUCAUACUAAGAUAAAAUAUCGUCGUAAUCAGUUAAAUGCUGAGGGUGAAAUAGUUCCUGUUAUAGUUGAUACUACUUAUGGAAGAUUAAUGGUUGGUGAGUUGUUGCCUUAUAAUCCUAAUAUAGAAUAUAAGUUUAUUAAUAAGCCUUUAACUAAAAAGGAUAUAUCUCUAGUAAUAGAUUUAAUCUAUCGUCACUGCGAUCAAAAAGCUACAGUAAUUUUUGCUGAUCAGUUGAUGAAACUUGGUUUCAAAUAUGCUUGUUCUUCAGGCAUUUCUUUUGGUAUGGAUGAUAUGGUUGUACCAAAAUCUAAAAUUGUUCAUAUCGAUGAAACAGAGCUUGAGAUUAAGGAAUUUGAGCAGCAAUAUUCAAAUGGUUUAAUUACUUACGGUGAAAAAUAUAACAAGGUAAUUGAUGCAUGGUCAAGAUGUACUGAUAGAGUAGCUAAUGACAUGAUGAAAGAAAUUGCUAAACCACCUGUUAGUGAUGAUUCGAAUCAACAGAAGAUAAACUCUAUAUAUAUGAUGGCUAUUUCAGGUGCUAGAGGAUCUUUCCAGCAGAUUAAACAGCUUGGUGGAAGGAUUAACAGAUGCUUUAACUCUGCUAACGGAAUGCGUAAAGGACAAAUAGAUACAGCUUUAAAAACCGCAAGCUCAGGUUACUUAACAAGAAAAUUAGUAGAUGUUGCACAAGAUUGUAUUAUUAGUGAAAAAGAUUGUAACACCGAUAAGGGUAUUGAAGUAAAGAGUAUUAUAGAAGGUAGUGAAGUAAUAGUGCCUUUCGCUGAAAUGAUUUUAGGUCGUACGGCAGCUAUUAAUAUAUAUCAUCCGGUGACUAAUGAUUUAAUUCUCACCAAAGGUGAAUUAUUUAACGAGUCUAAAUUAGAGCAGAUCGAGUCUGCAGGUUUAGAUAGAAUUAUGAUUAAGUCAGUACUAACCUGUGAAAGUUCCACCGGUAUAUGUGCUAUAUGUUAUGGUAGAGAUCUUGCUACUGGUUCGUUAGUUUCCGAAGGAGAAGCUAUAGGGGUGAUCGCUGCUCAAUCUAUCGGUGAGCCAGGUACACAGCUUACAAUGAGAACUUUCCAUAUCGGAGGAACAGCAACGAAAGGAGCAGAAGUAUCUUCUGUAGAAGCUUCAUAUGAUGCAAAAGUAAAAAUUCUUAGCCGUAACGUGGUUAUUAAUUCCGAAGAACGCAAAAUUGUUAUGAGCCGUAACUGUGAGUUAUUAUUACUUGAUAAUAACGGCAAUGAAAAAGCUCGUAGUAAAAUCCCAUAUGGUGCUAGAUUACUUGUUGAUGAGGGCGAUAUGGUUACUAAGACACAAAAGCUUGCAGAAUGGGAUCCAUAUACCAUACCUAUUAUUACUGAAAAAUCUGGUAAGGUAUUAUUCAAAGAUAUGGUUGAGGGGAUUUCGGUUCGUGAUGUAACUGAUGAAGCAACUGGUAUUCCAAGCAAAGUUAUCAUCGAAUCAAAACAAUAUUCACGUGGAGCCGAACUAAGACCACGAAUCCAGCUUCUUGACGCUAAGGGUGAAAUUAUCAUGUUAUCAAAUGGUUUAGAAGCAAGAUAUUAUUUACCAGUUGGAGCGGUUUUAAGUGUAGAAGAUGAGGUACAAAUAUCAGUAGGUGAUAUAAUUGCACGUAUUCCUAAAGAGUCAACUACUACUAAGGAUAUUACUGGUGGUUUACCAAGAGUAGCUGAGCUUUUCGAAGCAAGACGUCCAAAAGAUCAUGCAGUGAUUGCUGAGAUAGAUGGGAGAGUAGAGUUUGGUAAAGAUUAUAAGUCUAAGAGACGUAUUAUUAUACAUCCAGUUGAUGGUUCAAUGGGUCUUGAGUAUAUGGUACCGAAAGGUAAGCAUGUUGUGGUUAAUGAGGGUGACUUUGUUAAGAAAAGUGAUUUAUUAAUUGAUGGUAAUCCAGUACUUCAGGAUAUUUUAAAAGUGAUGGGUGUAGAACUUCUUGCAAGCUAUAUUGUUAAAGAGGUUCAAGCUAUUUAUCGUCUACAAGGGGUAAAAAUUGAUGAUAAGCACAUAGAAGUAAUUAUUCGUCAGAUGUUACAGAAAGUAGAAAUAACAGACUCAGGCGGUACUAGAUUAUUAGUAGGCGAGAAGAUAGAUCGACGUGAAUUUUAUGAAAUAAAUGAAAAAGCAAUUAAGAAUGGUUUAAGACCUGCUGAUGCUCAGUUAAUAUUACAAGGUAUUACUAAGUCUUCUCUGCAAACUAGAUCAUUUAUAUCUGCUGCAUCAUUCCAAGAAACUACUAGGGUUUUAACUGAAGCUGCUAUUGCUGGUAAGGUUGAUAAGCUACGAGGACUGAAAGAGAAUGUUAAAGUUGGGCGUUUAGUACCUGCAGGAACAGGUUUCUUUAUGGAUAAAAUGCGUAAAGUAGCAGCAAAACUUGACGAAGAAAAUGCUUAA